AUGGAGUCGGCCGCAGAAGCCGACGACGACCCGCGGGCGUGGUCAAUCGACCGAGUUGUCUAUGAACUGUGCCACGCGCCAACUCCACAAUGGUUGCCUUCGGUCCAUUCUCAGUACAAACAGAAUCGCCAGGCGCUUGAGCCUACCUUCCGGCAGAAUGAUAUUGAUGGAGACAGUCUCCUGACCCUGGAAAUGCCGGCCCUGAAGGAAGAACUUGGAAUUGCCUCAUACGGCAUCCGGAAUGUCAUCAUGAAAGCUAUCAAUUUCUUCCGAGCCAAGUCCAAUAGCUAUCAGCAGACGUUGUUCCAAGUGGACAAUAUUGCCAGGAUGCAGUCAAGCACAUUCCCGUCUCCUCAGAUCACGCACCCGCGGUUCUCGGCAGUGCCCCAGUCACCCGCAUUCUACGGCAUUGGCAUGCACCCUUCCAUUGAGACCCGUCAUACUCCUUCACCUUCGCUUGCCAGUGGUUUCGGGCAACAACGAGCCCCCCUACCACCACCUCUUCCCCCUCCUGAUCCACUAAAACUUUCCGGACCGGAGCUCAUGGCACCUAGACUUACAGACAAAUCCCACAGAAGUGCAGAUCUUCCGAACAUACCUGCAACUAGACCGACGCGAAAGCUAGAACCGAGUUGCGCUGCAGCACCUCGCGCCGGAGAGGCCGAUUCCAGAACAGACCACGAAACGCAGCCGUUUGGCCCACUACCUCAAGAGCAACAUGAUGCAAAAGCAGGUGGCAAGAAGAGGAUCGCACCGACUCUCAUUGGCCACCUACCCGAGAGUGCCCCUUUGAUGUUAAGCGAUGAAGGCUACCUUGCAGCAAACGCAGUCCCUGUACAGGACAUAUUCUACUACAAAAGAUCGACAACAAUGGAGGGUGACGACACUUAUCGUGUUUCUCUUGAUGACAACCGGCAAUUUGACGUCUCGAUCCGAGUCCCAAGUGGCCAACGACGUGCAGUUGCCCGCCUUAUGAGGUCCUUCCUCCGACGUGGGACCGAGAUAUUGCCUAGCAGUGGAUUGCGCGUCAAGGUGCCUUAUGACGAGUCACUGGUCCAGGGUCCUUCCUCGAGCCAGUACUUCACACUGUUCUUGCCAGGCAGCCAGCUGCCGCAGGUGCGCAGCGUUGCAGAAUAUCCGGAGCUGAGGACUCUGCAUUUGAGCAAGGUUCGCAAGGGCCGACGAUCUGUCCCGAACACCACUCAGGAAGAACACCACGCUCAUGGCGAAGAAGAUGAAGCGGUGAGUGCUCGGGGAGGAGUGGUUAGUUCUGACUUGGACUAUCUUCUUGCCAAAUAUCCACCCCAGGACUGGGAUGCGGGGCUUCCGCUGUAUGGCGAUUCCGGUGAUGAAGGUGAUUACGACGAAGCUACUUGGAGAGAGAUGGAAGAGGAGAAGGCGGAGGAGGCGGAACUUCGCAGUCGUCCCGCCGACCUGACUCCUGCUCAAGUGGAAACUGCAAUCAACGAGGCAGUGGAAGACUUCAAGCGCGAAUGGUGGGCGACGAAACUGGCCACUGUUCAGAAAAGAGCAUAUCGCCACUGGACAGAAGCAGCCCGCAUCAAGAACCGCCAGCCCAAGAUUCAGUACUUCAGGAAGUUCAAGGAUCACUGCUUGCAGAGGAUGAUCAAACUUAGGCGCGAGGUAGCUGGCAACACCUGGCGCAAUGCAGCUGAAGUCAAGAAACAGUGUCAAGUCCUUGAGGUGACAGUACAUCAACACGAGGAAUACAGCUACUACGGCCAGGUCAUGUUGCAGGAUGCACCCCCAGAGAAACCCACCAAAGAAGCUCUGUCGAAGGUAUAUGCGCGGAGGCAACACGAUCUCGAGGCAGGAGAGGAGAUCAUAGAGUCGGAGCCAGAGGCAUACUCAGAGGACGAUGAUCAUAACUUCAUUGAUGAUAAUGCUAUCGACGACAAUUCUUCCGAUCUCGGAUCCAUUCAUCAUGAUCCUGAGGCAGAGGAGUGGAACCCGGAAAAUUGGAAACCGGUCAAUAUAGCAGACAAAGGGGUGCCAGAACCCACUAUCGCCGAAGCAGGACCUCCUUUGGUCACACGAAACUCUCCUGUCGAGGACGCAUUGAUGCCUGAUGCCAGUGCAGACGACGCGGACGCGGAGAGUGAUGAUGAGGACGAUGUCAUCACGCCAAAUCGACGGAAGACCGAACUCAUUAUCGGCCAGCCGGCUCCUCAAACGCCGAUUCCCAGACGUCCAGCUCCUUUUACCAAGCCAAAACCCUCUCUCACAGGGGAGGCCGGAUCUUCAGACAAUUCUGACCUGGACCGCAACCCACGUCUUCCCAAGUCCAGGUAUGGCGACCGUGGACGAUCUACCGCUGCACCUAUAGAUUUGACCCUUGACAGCCCUUGUUCAGGGCUGGAGAGAACUUCUAGUACGCCAUCGAGCGAUUUCAGCGUCCACACCCCGAAGCUCAAUCCGGUCAAAGUUGAGAAACAUAAGACAACGCCCAGCGAUGUCUCUGAAACUGCGGAUACUCGCCAACGUCACACCUCCCCACACGAUGAUACGAAUCUGCCAAAGUGGGACGAUGUUGACGGAAUGAGGGAGGUACAUUGGUCCGAGAUGGAGCCUGCGGACACUCGGCGAGCGCUUGCAAAGUGUGUCUACAUCCUGACAGAGCGUUGUGCUACCGAUUUAGCUUCAUUCCUGACCACAUUAUCCACUGAUGAAGUUAGAGAGAGGUGCAUAGCCGAAGGAGUUGCAAUCAUCCAUACGACGAAAAACUUCCGGAUCACGGGGGUUUCUCUUGACGAUACAUUCAAUGCUUCGAUGGUGGUCUUGCUUUACAUCACACAUUGCACUGGCUACAAUGCUCUGCAAAACCCUGUAAGACAGGUUCACAGAGAUCAGGCAUCUAAAGAACAAGACACAGCCAUCCGUCCUUUCUACAAAACUCUAGCAAAACUCCUUCAGCUCCGUUUCGAGCAUGACGCACAAAAGAAAGGGCAGAAGAGAAAGAGGGAACCAAAGGCUCUGUCCGAAGUUGAGAUGCUUGAUGACACGGAGACCGAAAUUGCUGACUAUAUAUCGACGGAUGACCUGGAACCAGCUGUCCGACCUUCUUCUCAUAAGAAACGAAAGCGCAAAGUCGAACAGAGUCAAGAAGCCAUGUCCCAGCAGUACAAUGACAAGAUGCGUAUCCAAGCGCAAGAAAAGCGCCGCAAAGACAUGGCAAAGAAGCUUGCAAUGAUGCAGCCCGACGGCACUGCUGAAUCUCAUGUCAUCAUCAACACGGAGGAGCCAUUUAUCGAGCUCCAUGAGCAUAUUGCUGGCCGCGUCAAACCACAUCAAGUCGCCGGACUGCAGUUCAUGUGGCGGGAGAUCAUUGAAGACCCGAAACACCAAGGCUGCAUCCUGGCACACACCAUGGGACUUGGCAAGACAAUGCAGGUGGUGUCACUGCUUGUAACCAUCUCCCUGUGUACCCAAAGCAGUGACCCGAAAGUCAGGCAACUCAUUCCUGAUCAUCUUCAACGAAACCGAACUCUGAUUCUCGCGCCUGCAUCUUUACUCAAUAACUGGGAGGAUGAGCUUCUCAUGUGGACGCCUCAAGGAACCAGCAUUCUCGGCGCUAUCCACAAGUGUGACCUGCCAGGAGCAAGAGACAACAACCGAGCCAUCUGGAAUUGGUCCAAGAAGGGCGGCGUAUUACUUAUGGGCUACGAGCGCUUCCGAUCAACAAUCACAAACAGCAUCAAGGAGAAAAAGAAGGGUACUGCCGCAGGUGAUUUUGAGGAGAUUUUGCUGGAAACGCCGAGCAUUGUCAUUGCGGAUGAGGCACACACACUCAAAAACCCCAAGUCAAAGAUCAACGAAUAUGCGAAGCGGUUCAAGACUAUCAGUCGCAUUGCCCUCACAGGGUCGCCUCUCAACAACCAUCUCGAGGAGUACCAUACCUUAGUGGACUGGAUCGCUCCUGGGUAUUUGGGCACUAUGGUUCAGUUUCGUGUCAAAUAUUCGGAGCCCAUCAGAGACGGUCUCUGGUCUGAUAGCACUGCAUACGAAAAGCGGCUCGCGCUUCGCAAGCUGCAUGUGCUGAAGAGAGAUCUCGACCCCAAGAUCAACCGAGCUGAUAUCACUGCCGUUGAACAGGAUAUGCCUUCGAAGACGGAGUUUUUCAUCACGAUACCCCUCACUGCACUGCAGACGGAAGCAUACAACAUCUAUGUGCGCCAUAUGGUGCAAGCCUAUGCUCUUAUGGGGACGGGAAGUGGGCAUGCCAGGGUUUGGGAUUGGAUUGCAAUGCUGUCAUGGCUUUGCCACCAUCCUGCUGGAUUUGUGACCAAACUCAAAGAGCGUCAGAGAAAGGCACUGGAAGGCAAGGACGUGCGCAAUCAGACCAGCAAUGGCGAAGACCUGAAUGAAAGCUCAGACGAGGCGCCAGUUGUUGAGGAAGGUAGGACACCAGAAGCGAUCAAGGAGGAUACCGACGUCGACGUUACGGGCCCCAUGCGUCAGGCGAUGGAGGCCGUCUUACAGAUCCUUCCCGACAUCAACGACCGGACAGCUCUAUUCGAUCCAUCUCUGUCCUACCGUACACUCGCUGUGCAGCGCAUUGUGGAAAAGGCCACGGAAGCUGGAGACAAGACCUUGAUCUUCAGUCACAGUAUCCCCACGCUAAACUACCUCGCGGACAUGCUGCAAGCUAUGAACUGCUCGUUCUGCCGAAUCGACGGCCAGACAAAGGUCUCGGAACGACAAGCACAGGUGAAAGAGUUCAACGAAAAGAACCGCUACCAAGUCUUCUUGAUCUCGAUGCGAGCUGGUGGCCUGGGACUGAACCUGCAGGGCGCAAAUCGUGUGAUCGUGUUUGAUUUCAGCUUCAACCCGAUCUGGGAGCAACAGGCCAUUGGCCGGGCAUACCGUCUGAACCAGAAGCGACCAGUCUUUGUCUAUCGGUUUCAAGCUGGAGGCACCUUUGAGGACAAAUUGUUCAAUACUGCCGUCUUCAAGACUCAACUCUUUGGACGCGUGGUCGACAAGAAGGCUCCGAGACCCAAUGCCAGCAAGAAGACCGACAUGCAGUACCUUUUUCCAGUCAAAGAGAUCCCACAAGAAGAUUUCAGUGAGAGUCUUGGCAAGGACCCGAAAGUGCUCGACGCCAUCAUCCACGAUCUCGGGUUUGUCCGUAGCAUUGUCUUAACCGAGACUUUUCAGAAGGAGGACGAUGAGCGCCUGGAUGCGGAGGAGCAGAAGGCGGCCGAGGAAGAAUAUGAGAAUGAGCGUCUGCAGCGAGACGACCCUGUGGCGUGGCGACUGGCGCAGGCGCGCAAGCAGCAACAGCUACAGCAGGCCGCGUUCCAUCCUCCGCCUUCAACGACGCCGCACCUGCCAAACGGUUCAGCGACCACCCCUUUCCGAUUCCCAGCCAGCUCUGGUCUUCCGCGAUCUAAACAGUACAGCCUUGUACAGCCACCAUUUGGCAGAGAUGACAUGAGGAAAUUGGCACAGCCGCAACGACCUCAGCCUAACCAGAACUCCGACAGCCCCGGUGUGCGCGGCGCAUACGACGAUACCUACUGGAGCUUCAGUCGGAUCGAUCGCCCUGCGUCCAGUGAUAGUAAUGACAGUCGGUCUGGGUGGCUGAAGAGGUGA